GCGUGUGAUUGCCUGCCACUCUUACAUUGGAAACGUCUGUUAAACCUGAUUGAUCCCACUUCAAAUAUUGUCGUGCAUCCUUACACCAUAACAAUCCUCCCCUGAUUCUCAUCUUUGUCAUAAUGGCUCAACCUCCCAAAGUGCCUUCUCUUCAUCUCCACUCUCAAGGUGAGGUGGAAGUCAUCCCGGAGAAACGAACCGCCACCGUCAAGAUCGAUGUCCAAGAAAAGGACCAAAAGAAGAGUGAUGAGAUGAUUUCCGCCAUGAAGAAGAUGUGCCAAGAGCACAACAUUACCAUCGUCGGAUCCAAGGCCAACAUGGAUCACGAGCUCAAGAACGGGGGGUUCUUCUUCAAGACCAAUAAGGAGGAGGCUAAGCUGUCCUGGAAGUGUUUUAUCGAGGGGAGUACGGGCAACAUCAGUAUUCUAACCAAAGCUUUGUAUGAUAAGUACAAGUCGAGCAGUCCCAAGAUUGAUUAUGUGGACGAGGAUCCUUCGGAGGCUGAGCUCUUUGAGAGCGAGAAACAAGCCAUCGCCAAGGCCUCUAAACGAGUUCAAGAUCAGGCGGCUCAGAUCGCCCAGAGCUUUGGGAUCUCUUUGGGCAAACUUUUGACGAUCAAUGUGUCUUGCCACAAGACUUAUGAUCGAUCCGUUCGAGAUGACUUUGCCGAAGAUUUGGACAUGGGUGCCCCUUGCCAAGCUAUGGGCAAGAUGGCUUUCAAUGCACCCGUUUUCCGAGCUCCACCCCAAAACGGACGGGAAAUUGUCAAGAUGGUGGCCACGGUCAAUUGUGAAUACGCACUUGAGCAAUGACUUUAGGGAUCACUGCACUGAAUAAGAGGCGGAUGAUGACCGUCCCAUGAAAAAGGAAAUGACGAGCCUGAAAAAAUGCUGAAUCAGCGACAAUUCUCCAGUAUUCAAAACUUGAUGCUAUAUGAUCAUAGCAAACAAUUUUUUUCUGUUUUAAAUGCGACAGUAGCUUGAAUAAUUAUUUCAUGGCUAAUUAUGAAAAAAAUCUCGUUUCAAAAUGGCAGAUCACAUUGAUAAAUAAAAUAUUAACUUUAGAGGUCAUUAUAAAUUUCAAAUCGCAUUUAUGGAUCAAGAAGUAAAGCUGCAAAGAUUUACGACUUCCCACUACUUGAGGUGUAAGUUCAGAAGGCCUAAUCAACCGCUUUAAUCGUGAUUUUUUUUCCGCGAGAUACAUGAAAAAUACAUGAAUUGUAUUGAACAUUUUGGCUCGGCUCUUUUGUUUCAUUUCUCUUACUUUUUUCUUCAUUCUUUUGCUUUAUAUGACUAAACUUUCCUUUCCUUAUUCCUUCAGCAAACACAAUUUUCCGUUGGUCAGGAAAGUAAAAUUUGAUAAAUUUGCUUAUGCCGCCCUUUUACGGUCAAAUUGUGAGCGUUUUUAUCUGAAUUAGCCAUGUUUAUUAAAAGAAAUUCAAGGGAAAAUGUAGUGGAACACCCUCCUUUGGGGCAAUUUUUAGGGGGAGAAUUUAGACACACCUCACAACCUACUCACACCGUGAUCCAAUUGAAUGUUCACCUGUCGAGUGAGUUGCACAGCUCAACUAAAAAAAAAAAAAUAUUUUUUUUUGACGUUGUUAUAACCCUAUUGACGUGUCAAACCUCUAGCUUGCUUAAGAAUUUCGUAAUAGGUUGAUGUACGCCUCACGGAACCUCUAUUUUUCUUCUUUUUGCCGGGUCGUAUUUUCCAUGAUUUAUCUGCACAACUUGAAGAAAAAGUGCCAAAACAGCAGCUGGAACUAUAGAAAUAUGGCCAACAUUCAUAAUAAGAUCACUGCAACAUAUUGAAAUGACGACUAUAGUUGUGCCAGAAUAUUAUUUCCUGCCGUUGCAGUAAAUCUUUCACUGCAAUUUUCCAUUGAAGUUGCAAGGGCAGAUGGCUGAAUGCAGAUCAAAUGAGAGAAAAAAAAAUAUUGUCUGAACAAGGUUCCGUGAGACAUUUUCCGACAUAUUACGAAAUUUUUUAUCAGAAUGAUUUUGGUAUAUCAAUGGCAGUACCUUUGCACAAUAUCCAAACACUGUGUGCUUCUACAAGCCGGCAAAUUGAAAUAAACAACAAAUUCAGUCUGUCUGGUGAAGGUUGGUUAUGCUGUUUGCCUUAAUUCUCCUUCCACAAAAUCAAGGUGCCUCACUUAUUUUUCCUUCAAUUUCCUUUACACACAAGAAGAGCAGUACUGGCAAAUAAAACGCAUGGGGACAAAUGAACAUAAACUGGCCAAAAAUAGAUAUAACUUUUUAGGUUCAAAACUUUUUUUGUUACUUUUCAACACCGCUCAUCAUAUUGCAUCUUAAACUACAUCACUAUUUUGCCUGAUUGCGAAAAAUACCCAAUGUGUUUUAAAAGUGCCUUUUUUGCCAAAUUAGAUAAACCUUAAUUGAAGUCAAAACUGUCUUUGCUUCAUGAAAUAAAAUAAAAUACAGCUCAUGGAAUUCCGUGACAAGAAGUAAUCCCCAGAUCAGGAAUUUGGGCAAUCCGUGAUUCGACUAAGCCUUCAAAAUGUUUUAUGAAUGCAAAACAACUUUUUAAGAAGAGAGAUAUGCGAUUUUAUUAUUACUGAAUUCCAAGAAGUUAUUACAUAUUUUUUAGCAUAGUUUGACCAAUACAUAGAUAUAUAUAGAGUAGCAGUAGUAGUAGUAGUAGUAGUUGUAAUAAUAAUAAUCAUUAUAGUAGUAGUCGUAGUUGUAGUAUUAGUAGUAGAAGUAGUAGUUGUAGUAGUAGUAGUAGUGGUAUAGUUAUAGUUGUAAUAUUAGUAGUAGUAGCUGCAGUAGAUAAGAGUAGUGUACACGUCUAAUACGAAUUGUAGAGAGCAGUUGUAGCACUUUGAUGUGAUGGCAUAUUUCGGUAUUACUGAUUUUUUCGGAUCAAUGAGUAUGCUAUAAACUACUAAAAGAGUACUUUGAGAGUAUCCUGUUCAUUUUGAA